CGGAAUUGUAACCAAUUGGCGGCCCAAGCACGGCAGCUGGCUUUGCAGUUUAUACGGACUGCAAGCUUUUGUUAGGGGCGUGUCAAGCACCCCGCGCAACUGUGCAGCCUCGGUAGCCUCGGCAUGGGCGGAUUUCUAAGCUGGCGAGCAGGCAGGCAAGAAAAGAGGGGAGGGAAAGUGCAAUCCAUGCGUCGUGCAUCGGAUGUUGCGAGCUGCCAAAAUCGCCAUGACAUAGAUCUCGUCGAGCAAAUCUCGUACCUACCACCUCCUUACCACAAGACCCAAUCCAGCUCGAGCGCCAGGCGCGACGCUGCAGCACCUUGAAUUGACCCCGGGCGCGCAAACAGCUCGCGCACAGACCAUCCCAACACAGUCUACCGGAGCGAUAUCAUAGUGGGGCAGCGCAGCCUCAAUCAGUCGGGUCCCGCCAUCACAUCGCAAGGCGGGGGAAAUUCAAAGGCUGCGAUUCUCGCUCUCCGCUGCUUUCCACCACCACCACCACCCAAGACUGGCAACGGUUGGACGACUCCUCCGCCACCCGCCAUCUGAUUCUCCCACCGCCCCCGUUUCUCGCACACAGCACAGCAAUCCUCCUCUCGCGUCGCCGACGCCUAGCUGGGUCGGCGUGCUAUCCCGAGCUGCUUCUUUUUUGUUCUUGCCCUUUUUUUCUCUCUCUUCUUCUCUGCCCUUCCCCCCGCGCGUCUAUUUACCUCAUUGGUGCGCCAGGCAACCAAGCUCCCGCCGAAUUCCCCUCCUGCGAGCCUUGCUUCCUGCACCCACCGCCAGCCUCCUCGACUCCUGCCGGGGCGCGUCUUGGCCUCUCGCUCCAGUCUCUCUCCCCAUAACCGCCGCUUCUGGCUGUCGCAGUCACCAUGGGGUUCACGAUUGCCGAGCUUGACAGUCUUGUCAAGACCUUCUAUGAGGGUCGCGGCGAGCAGCAAAAAACUGCACAAGCCGCCCUGAACCAAUUCAAGGAGGACCCAGAUGCCUGGUUGAUGGUGGACCAGAUCCUCUCCGAGGCGACAUACUCGCAAACCAAAUUCCUUGGGCUUCAGAUCCUUGAUAAUGUGAUUUCCACAAGAUGGAAGGUUCUCCCGCGAGAGCAGUGUCAAGGAAUCCGCAACUUCGUUGUCAACUUCAUCAUUACGUGCUCCAGCACCGAGGACGCCCUCCGCUCCCAAAAGACCCUCCUGAACAAGCUGAACUUGGUCCUCGUGUCUAUUCUCAAGCAGGAGUGGCCACACAACUGGCCGACAUUCAUCAACGAGAUCAUCACAUCGUGCCAUACGAGCUUGUCAAUCUGCGAGAACAACAUGAUCAUCCUGCGCCUCCUCUCGGAAGAGGUCUUCGACUACUCGGCCGAGGCGAUGACGUCGACCAAGACGCGCAACCUGAAGACGACCAUGUGCGCCGAGUUCUCGCAGAUCUUCCAGCUGUGCAACGAGAUUUUGAGCACGGCCAACCAGGAGAGCUUGGUCAAGGCCACCCUCGAGACGCUGCUGCGAUUCUUCAACUGGAUCCCGCUGGGCUACAUCUUCGAGACCCCCUUGAUCGAGACGCUGCGGACGCGAUUCCUCGAGCUGCCCGCAUUCCGCAACGUCACGCUUCAGUGCCUGACGGAGAUCGGCGGCCUGCAGAUCGGGGGCCCUAACCAGGUCAGCAACUACGACGAGCAGCUGGUCAAGAUGUUCACCGAGGUUCUGGCAACCAUCUCGACCAUCAUCCCGGUUGAGAUGGACCUAAGGACGACGUACCCGCAGAGCAACUCGCGCGAUCAAGAGUUUAUCCAGAACCUGGCCCUGUUCCUCUGCAACUUUUUCUCCAUGCAUCUUGGCCUGAUCGAGAGACUACCUAACAGGGACUAUCUGACGCACGGCCACUACUACCUUGUUCGCAUUUCGCAGAUUGAGGACCGCGAGAUCUUCAAGAUCACACUCGACUACUGGCUCAAGGUCGUCCAGGAGCUGUAUGAGGAGAUGCAGCAGCUUCCUCUCAGCGGAGACCUUAGUGGCAGUUCCCUGAUUGGAAAUCCGGGCAUGGCUCUCUCCGCUGGCGGCGCCCCGACGCCGGAGAUGCUGAACAACCUGCCGCUUCGCAAGCACAAGUACAAGGAGAUUCUGAGCAACCUUCGUGUUGUCAUGAUCGAGAAGAUGGUGCGCCCCGAGGAGGUGCUGAUCGUGGAGAACGACGAGGGCGAGAUUGUGCGCGAGUUUGUCAAGGAGAGCGACACGGUCCAGCUGUAUAAGACCAUCCGCGAGUGCCUUGUCUACCUCACACAUCUUGACGUGUCCGACAUGGAGCAGAUCAUGAUCGACAAGCUCUCUCGGCAGGUCGACGGUAGCGAAUGGUCGUGGCACAACUGCAACGUGCUGUGUUGGGCCAUUGGCUCCAUCUCGCUCGCCAUGAACGAAGAGACGGAGAAGAGGUUCCUGGUGACAGUCAUCAAGGACCUUCUCGGGCUCACCGAGAUGAAGCGAGGAAAGGACAACAAAGCCGUGGUUGCCAGCAAUAUCAUGUACAUUGUUGGCCAGUACCCGCGCUUCCUCAAGGCCCACUGGAAGUUCCUUAAGACGGUUGUCAACAAGCUUUUUGAGUUUAUGCACGAGUCACACGAAGGAGUCCAGGACAUGGCCUGUGAUACUUUUAUCAAGAUCGCCAAGCAGUGCAGACGCCACUUUGUUGCAUUGCAGCCGAGCGAGCACGAGCCGUUCAUCGAGGAGAUCGUGCGGAGCCUACCCAAGAUCACAUGUGACCUAACGCCUCAGCAGGUGCACACCUUCUACGAGGCCUGCGGUUUCAUGGUGGCGGCUCAAGGCAACAGGAACCAACAGGAGCGGCUCCUGAGCGAACUGAUGGCAAUGCCCAACCAGGCCUGGGACCAAAUCAUCAAGACGGCGACCGAGAACCCGGCGGUGCUGCUGGAGACGGAUACCAUCAAGAUUAUCGGCAACAUCAUGAAGACCAACGUCUCGGCCUGCUCGUCCAUCGGGCCUUACUUCUAUCCCCAGAUCGGACGCAUCUACCACGACAUGCUUCAGAUGUACCGCGCCACCAGCCAGCUGAUCUCGGAGGCGGUCGCGCGCGAGGGAGAGAUUGCCACCAAGAUGCCCAAGGUCCGGGGGCUGCGGACGAUCAAGAAGGAGAUCCUGAAGCUGAUCGAGACGUUUGUCGACAAGGCCGAGGACCUCCAGUCUGUGCGGCAGCAAAUGGUGCCGCAGCUCCUGGAGUCGGUGCUGCAGGACUACAACCGCAACGUGCCUGGCGCGCGUGACGCCGAGGUUCUGAGGGCCAUGUCAGUCAUCAUCACCAAGCUGACGUCGCUGAUGGAGGACCAAGUGCCCAUCAUCAUGGAGAACGUGUUUGAGUGCACGCUCGAGAUGAUCAACAAGGACUUCUCGGAAUUCCCCGAGCACCGCGUCGAGUUCUUCAACCUGCUGCGGGCUAUUAACCUGCACUGUUUCCCGGCUCUACUCAAGCUCGACAACCGGCAGUUCAAGUUCGUCAUCGAUUCGUGCAUGUGGGCCAGCAAGCACGACAACCGCGACGUCGAGGCGGCCGGUCUCAACAUGUGCCUGGAGCUCAUUGUCAACAUCGCCGAGAAGACUGACCCGACCACGGCCAACGCCUUCUUCAACCAAUUCUUCAUCCCGAUCCUGCAGGAUGUCUUCUUUGUGCUCACCGACACAGACCACAAGGCCGGAUUCAAGGCGCAGUCGAUGCUGCUCCUUCGCAUGUUCUACUUUGUGCAUCCGGCCGACGGCACGACGCCCAAGAUCCAGGGCCCCGUCUAUCAGCCAGACCAAGCGCCGGCCGGCACCAGCAACAGGGAGUUCCUGUCCAACUUUGUGGGGACGCUGCUCCGCAACGCCUUCUCCAACCUGCAAAACGCCCAGAUCCUCGCCUUUGUCGAGAGCCUGUUCACCAUGAACGCGGCGUACGACAAGUUCAGGCUGACGCUACGAGACUUCCUGAUCUCGCUGAGAGAGUUCGUUGGUGACAACACGGAGCUGUACCUGGUGGAGAAGGAGCAGAAGGAGCGCGAGGCCAAGCAGGCCGAGCUUGACCGCCGGUCCAAGGUCAGCGGUCUGAUGAAGCCUUCGGAGCUGGAGCCCGAGGACGACGAGUUGUGACUUGGCCAAGAGCUCAGGAACGAGUUUGCGCCGAGCCACGACGGCGUCGACGGGCCCCCGUCGGUCGCUACCGCCCAGUCUCAAGACGGAUGGGAGUUCUACGGCCUCUGACAAUCUGUCAACCUUGACUGGGUGUGCACUCUCAUCUUCUCUGUUGGGUGGAGUUUCAUUAUCGUUGUGCCUGUUAUCGCGUUGUUUAACCAUGUAAUGAUACCAAUUAGAUGAUACUGGCCCGCAAGACACCAGUUGGAGGGUGUCUUCCUGCCCUGCGCUGCCAUGUUUCGACAUGGCCCGAACCUUUUCACCCUGGUAUGUUGACUUGAUGAUUCUGGGCGCCGGCGGAGCAACGUUGUUGUCUAUGACGAAGAGUUUGGUUCGGAGGAGGUGCAAUCUCGGACAGCAGGGCAUAUGACAAGGUGGGAGGGAUGUGGCUAACCUGUUAAUCAUGGACGUUACAAAGGUCCACGGGUUUUGUUGAGGCAGGAGAUAUACGUCGCCUAGAUCAACACGGUAAAAAGGGGGUGAUGAAAAAGGGGUAGUGAAGAAAAGUCGGGGUGGAAAAGGAAGGAAAAAAAAGUCAAGAUUUGACAUAGGAUUCGGUAAUGUGAGGAAUUUUAGGUCUGUGUAAAUCGGUCUCGUUCCUCUGCCCGUUAUCUCUUUUGUUUCUACCGCACGUAUAGUCGCUGGCCACAACAGACACGAGAAUACACAAUGCCAUCUCACAUAACGGGGAUGGGGUUCGGAGUUGGAAUUAGAUUCUUGGAAGGGACAGAGGUAGCGCGAGGAACAAAAGACAAUGAACCAGCAAGAGCUCUGCCGUGCC